GUGUCGCACGCAAAAUUCGUCGCAAUGUUACUUUUCCGUUUAAAAAUUGCAUUUAUUUUUUACUUUUCCAGUUCUCUUUGUGCUAAAAUGUUUGAUAACGUAUUAAAUGUGAAUGACAUUCUCCGUAACGACCUGAUGCCUACCUAUUUUAUGGUGAAUGGAGAUCAGAAGAACGAUAGUGUCAGUGUGUCGAAGGUUCAAGGCCCAGUCGCUAAUGGAUCAAUUGAUGCUGCUUUGUCCACGCUUGCUUUUCAUAGAGAGAUGAUGAACGAGUACCACUGUCGAAACUACAUCGCCGAACAAAUAUUAGAGGAAAUGGGCAAGAAAGUGCUACAGAGCCGCCUCGGAGAGCCGUUCGCGGCUGGCGGCGCAGAUCCGAGGGUCACGAGGCGAAACCAGGAUUUAAGAGACAACUUCAUGUAUGAUAUUGGAUCGGCUAACUACCAGGAAUGGCUGACUAAAGUAGCCGCGUUAAACAAUGACUUUCGCACUAACCCUACAUCAGUUGCCAAUACUGUCGUGAGUAAUUCUUCCUCACCCCAAAUUCCAUACUACCCCCAAAAUGUCCAGGGGGAGGUGUCGCCGUCUUCUAAUUCUCGUGAAGGUUACGAAGUGUACGAGAACGUUCAGGGGAGCUUCCCACCAUAUCCUGAGCCUGCAGCGGGUCAGGUGCAAGGAAUUGAUCUAUCCAAAUAUAGUGGUGGGUACGAGUACCACAUGCCUCCUCCCCCUCCGCCGAUGUACCAUCCCCCCUCGACUCACAUCCACGAGGAGGUGUCUGUAGAAAGAGAGGGAGAUGGUCACAGUCACGGCCUAGGCAUUUCCGACUUGUUCGACAUUUCUUUGACUGGAAUCGCAUUUCUGUCGUUUGGGAUGUUCGUGCUGCAAGUUCUUAUGUGUAUUACUAUGCAUCCCCAACAACCUCAGUACAUGCAAGUCGUCGACAACGGCGGAGACUCCAUGAACAUGGACGAGAUAUUCCGAGUGAAGCGCGACACGGUCCCUACCAAAACAAAGAUGGCCGGUGCCGUCAACAAGCUGGCCAGAUUCGCCCUUAUAGCUAUGAAGCCAAGGUCCUUGCCUUGUCUGUAUAGAGUGUUAUGUGUGGGCAAUAAACAGGCGAGAGGAUUUGAAGAUAGCAGUCGGUAUUGGCUACCGAUUUGGCACGCAGGAGUGGCCUGGAUCCGAGGCGGAGCGCUGGGAGCCCUUCGAGCCGCCGCACUAGGGUUGGGCGGCGCGCACUGCGAUGACCUUUACCCGCCUGCCAACUGCCAAUAGAAACCUAUUUUUUAUUGAAACAUUC